CCGACCAGAACUUCCACCCCGCGAAUGCAAGACGCUGCACUCGUCAACCAUGGCGGAGGAAGAAGAAGAUCACUCGGUCAUGUCGAUGGCCAUGGCCAUUCCGACCAUCAACGAACCUCGCCCACCCACGGCGCGCAAGGCGUCGCGCAAACUCCCUGGCGGAUUCGGGGUCAAUGAUGUGGAUGAUCUCUCGCCCGACAAGGAAAAGGAGGAAUUCGAGCUUCCCCAAUCGGAGAAUGUCAACCCCUUCGCGCAGAAGCGGAAAAGUCGAGCCGUCUCCCUCGACCCCACCACUCUGCCCUCGCUCCCCGCCCCGGACAGCAGCUGUUUCUUCGGAUCCGAGUAUGGAGAAGGAGAACAGCACCAUGAUUUGGAGAACGAGAUGGAGAAGCAUCUGAAUGACGUGGAGCCCAGUUUUCUGCCGCCCGAAAUAUCGACCAUUGGUGCACUGGAAGACAAGGGAUUGGACGACACUGGUGCCUUUUUCUUCGACGGGGCAAAUGAUAGCAAACAAGUGGAGGAGCCAGAACCAGUGCAACUCAGCUUACCGCGAAGCAACGAACCCACCCUCCCAAAAUUCUACAAGUCGCCAGCGAUACGAAACGGGGAAAGCCAAGAUGACUCCACCAUGGGCUUGGGAAAUACAACAUCAUCCCUCGAAACAAUGUCCUCCUCUCCAACUGCUGCCGCCGCGGCACGAACAGUUUCGCGAGCGAUUUCCAUGGCUGGCUCGAGUGGGCAGGAUGGCGAUACAAAUCACACCGAGAUUUCACGAGCAGACAAGGAUUCAGACGAGGAGGGUACCUACAACCCAACACCAAGGAGACCAGUGAACAACUCUUUACUGGAUACAACCGAUAAUUCGCUUUCUAAUAGAUUUAAUACCGAUGCUGGUAGUACGCCCGGCGCCGCGCUUUUGGGUCGCAAGAAAUCCGGGAAAGGCCCAAAGUUUCUGCGCAGUCGACAUAGCCAUACCUCUUCUGUGUCUUCAUUUGGAACGAAUACAGAAGAAUACGACGAAAGUGAUGCCACAUUGGGCAUGGGGGCGGACUAUGCUUUGCAAUCAGGCGGUGCGGUCCCCGCCGCUGGAUUUUCUAGGAAUGAGAGUGAUAGCACCCUGGGUUUGGCAAGAUCAAUCAGCUUAGGUAGUAUUGCUUCGGGAAUACACAAUCUUCCAAGCGGCUCUCAGUCUCCAGUUCACGGUCUAGAUGGUAAUCAAGCAAUCAUAUCAGAGGCAAAGCGAAAUGGGGAAGAAAAGCCGGCUGAACAUAAUUCACCACCCGAGACACCAAGGGCAUCUGGCAGAAUUUUGGCUGCACCGACAGAUACCAUAAUUGCGCGACAUGUGAGAAAUGUGCUGGUACCAGAAUCGAUGGCCAGAGAGUACCGGGAUAGAAGUGAUGCAGGUUCGCCCAUCAAGCGGCCAGUACUUGGGGGUUCAGCGCUCAGUAGAGGAAAGGGCAUGACUUUGAAAGAGCAAAGUAACACGAUUGGGAGGUUAUCGAAGGAAAAUUUUGAUCUAAAGCUGAGAAUCUUCUUUCUCAGUCAAAAAAUGGACAAGUUAUCUGAGGAGGGUGUUAAGAAAGUGAUUACUGAGAAUGUGGAAUUAAGAACCGGACUUACCAUUACCCAAAAAGAAAACAAAGCUUUGAAGAAAAAGUUGCGGGAUCUUGAAAAGAAGCUAAAGGACGACGAGGAAAGACCCAGUACAUCUCACUCGGAAAAUUCAGAUGGCCCUAGUCCAAAAUGGUUCGACCACGAGGGAGCUCAAGAGCAGGAGGAAGAGCUCAUCUAUCUCAGAGAAAGAGUCGAAGAAUAUGUGACCGAGAUUGACAAGUUGCGCAACGACUGCAUUGCCCGAGAAAACGAAAAGCGCAAUCUGGCUGAAGUGGUUAGCAACAUGGCUUCUCGUGGUCAAAGUGCUGACGCACGAGAGGAAAUGGAGGUUUGGAAAGAUCUACUGGAGCAAGAAACUGCACAUCGAGAACAAGCAGACGAAGAAAACAAAAAGCUCCGCGACGAGAUAUUCCGACUCAGAAGUGAGACCAGUUCAGGUGCACUUGGCGUUCCUGGUCUUAACCACACCACAAAUAUUUACAACAUCACGAAGAAACGACAGGUUUCACCUUCAAGGCCACGAUCAGGCCUCUCCGACCGAAUGGAAGAUCGAAAUGGCGCAUUCAGUGCUGCAAGCACUCUGGUCGAGGACCUCAGACGAGACUGCGAACAAUUGAGACAUGAAAAUGCAGAGCUGCGACGUGAAGUUGGUGCGCAGACUUCCAUGCUCACAUCUCGAAAUCGCGAAAAAGAACGACUGCACCAAGAAAUUGAAGAUCUUAAACUUCUGCGACGUGGAGGCGGCGGUUCCAUGGCAGGCGAUAGUAUUUUAGACCGGUCCGCUUCACGAGCUCAUGGUCGAUCCUCCUCUCGUACUAGCGCUGUAACAAGAGACCAUUCCAUUACUGAUGCUGAACGUGAGGAUUUCGACAAGAAAACGGGUGAGCUUCGUGAUGUGGUGAAUAGUCUCAAAAUCCACAAUCAAGAUCUUCAACGUGAGCUUCAAUCUUGCAUGGAAGAUUUCGAUACCGCGGUCGAACAGAAGAGACAAGCUGAAGCUGAACGAAUCGAGUUCCAGGAAGCUCUUGAGACUGCAGAAGCCGACCUGCUUACUAUGCAAGCGGAUCGCGAUGAAGCUUUGCAUCAACUUGAGGAAUCCGAACAGAAAUUUGAGGCCCUUCGAGAAGAAGCACAAGAGGAGCUUGAUGGUUUUGCUGUGGAAGCCGAAGAAUCUGCUGUGAACAUUGAACGUCUACAGACAGAGUUGGCUGAUAUCACUGAAGAUUACCAGGCACUACAAAAAGAGAUGCGAGAAUUGAGUGAGGGUGUUGUGAGAUUAGAGGAUGACCACGAGCAACAAACCAGAAGAAUCCAGGAUCUGGAACGCGACCUCGAGGAAGCUAAUAAGGAAAUGGAAAACUUGGAGCAGAAUCUUGUCGAUGCCAACGGUAAAAUCGAUCGUCUGACAGUCCAACAAGAGAGUAGUCAAGGAGAAAUCGGCUUCCUUCGUGAAGAGCAAGAUGCUGAUAAAAUUAAGAUUAGCGAUUUGGAGACUGUUGUUCGGAAUACAGAACAGAGUCUCGCAGAAGAACGGGAUCGCACCAGAGAAUUGGAGGAACGACUUGCCGCUGAACGUCAUCAGAGGGAGGUUGUUGCUGGCAAAGAGAAACAAGAGGUUCAACAGUACAUUAAUGAACUUAAUCGUGAGAAUUCAACAGCCAAAGAUGAAGCUCGACGAUUGCGCAAAAACCUGACUUCAAGAGAGGUUGAGGCUGCCGAAUGGAAGGAGCGUUUGACUGAACUUGAAAAUAACUUGAGAGAGGCCCUUGGGGAUCUCAACGGUACUCGAUCAAGCUUACUUCAUGUCAGUUCCAAGGAUGAAUUCAGAGACAGGGUACUAACAUAUAUGCAGUCCAUCGCUAAGCUCCAGAGAGAACUUGAAAACACCAUGUCCGAACUCGAUGCCAAAAAGAAGACCGUCGCGGAACAGCAGCGCGUGAUACGUCAGCGCGAUUCUCUCUUGGAAUCUCAUGCAUUGGAGGCUCGAACUCUUGCUGAUGCCCUCGAGAAGGAAAAGCAAACACAUCGCAAUACCAAGCAUCAAUUCGAGACUUUCCAAAAGACGUCGCAUCAUACCACUCGGACUCUUUCACAGCAUGAGACUCGUGUUCUUGAACUUGAGACCACGAGAGUACAGGACAAGCGCAAGAUUGCUGCUCUGGAAACUGCUAUCAAGGAUCAAAUGAAUGAGCGCAACACUCUUCUUUUGACUAUGUGGAACCGACUGAGUGCUAUAUGUGGGAGUGAUUGGACUCAUAACAAUCGACUCAUUAACGGUCGAGCAGUUCCAUCUUUGGAAGUUAUCUCAACCAUGCUUCCUGGGUUUGCUAAAAAUCUCCUUGCAGCUGUGAGAACCAUUGAAUCACUCGUGACUGAUUUCAAGUCUCGAGUUCGUGGCAUUGAGAAAGAUCUGUGGAAAGAAUACCGAACCCUGGAAUCCCACUUAGAAACGCGCACCAAGCGACUUGAUCGUCUUGAAGCCAUAGCUCGAAGUGCCAUCCCUGGCCCAGCUGGCGAUGGUCGAGCCGAGAUAACUAGACUGAAAGAUCUAAACCGGGUCUUGAAAACCGAAGUCGCCAGUCUCCGAGCCGCAAACGAAGUCCAAGCCUCUGCCUUUGGUACCACAAGCCCUUCUCCAUCUGUCCCUACCGGACCAAGGAAUAGAUCUACAGAUACCCGUCGUACUUCGACCAUGACACGGACUACUACUUCAGAGUCAUUCGGAAAUUCGAGAAGUGGAAGUGGUAAUACAGCACCACAGACUCCAACGAAGAGUAACGCCAUGUCAUCCGCGGAUGUUGAGUACACGCCUGAUCUUAGGUGGCAAAUUCGUCUCCAGGAGCUUGAGUAUAAACUGAAGGCUGAGCGCGAGGCGAGGAAGACGGAUCGGUCCAGUGCGCGGCAGAGGUUGCAAGAGGCAAGUAGGGAGAAUGCGGAGUUAAUGGCGGAGGUUGAGCGAAAUAAAGUUAGGGCUUCGAUGGGACAGAGUCAGAUGGGGCAGAGUCAGAAUGGACGAUGA